AUAUGUUUGAACCAUGGUUUGAUCAUGGUCAAGAGACAUGGUUGAAUCAUGGUUUGAUCAUGGCCAAGAAACAUGGUUGAAUCAUGGUUCGAUCAUGGUCAAGUGACAUGGUUGAACCAUGUGUGAACCAUGAUCCAAACCAAGUUUACAAGCAUUAUGCAAUUCCUGUAAAAAUUCAAAUUUGUAUUUUCAAAAAUUCAAAUGUUUAUAUGGUUGAACCCUGAUUUGACCUAAAUUGGUAAAAUGAUUAGAUGACAUGGUCUAACCAUGGAAAAACAUGGUUGAAACACAUUUGUUGAGCAUGGUUAAGCCAUGGUUCAACCAUGAACAGGUAACCAUGUAUUGGCUAUGGUCUGACCAUGGUUUAAACUGAAAUCAUAAAAAGAACUGAAAAUUUCAAAAUUGUUUAAAAUAAUCCUGAACAUUUCAGCUUUCAAUAUUGCUCAAGCAAAUUUUUGAAAAAGUAAAAAUUUUGAAAUAUUAGACAUGGUUUAGCAAUGGUUGAGCAAUGGGUCCCAUUGGAAAUUCGUGGUUCUACCAUGGUUAACCAUGGUCAUUUCGUUGCUCAACCAUGUUGGGAAAUGGUUGAAAACUUAUGCAUUGAGUGGCUAAACAUUGUUGCUGGAUCCGUUUUAAAACAGAUCAAUCAUUAUUUUCUGGAAUUUCGACGAGACAGAAAACACCAUAGCAAGCACCGCGACUGUAAAUGCUUGGAAUUUGCGAACGACGGCUUAUUUUUCCAAUAUUAAUAUCAAUUCAUAAAUUUAAGUGCAAUAUAAGGCCAGUCACCAAGUUUCACAUCGAUAUUCGAAAGAGAAGUGAACGAAAUCAAUCCUUACUUUUACCAAAUUUAUAAGGGCUCGGUAUGGAGCAAGUUCCUUUUUGCCACUAUUCAAAAUGGCGGAAGUAAACAAAUUUGCCUCACAGUGGGCCUGUGAGUUAGACAUCUAGCCCUUCGGCGCUCGGCGCUUCUAUAUCAUUGCCCAAAAGCGGCUGGCACGGAAAAGAGGCUCGACCCGUUGAUUGAAAAUUGUUUUCUGAGAAAUCUAGAAGUCUCUUUUGUUCAUGAAUGGGUGAGUAAAGUCGCUUUGCAGACAAGCUUCCAGAAGGUCGAUUUCAAAAGAACUUGAAGACAAUAUUUUCGCUAAUCUGAGAAGGUUGAUGUUGUCAAAAGAUGGAAAGCUGUACGGAGACUUUAAAUACAAUUUCACUAGUUCCUAUUUGUCUGGUGCCAGGUGUCUCUAUCUUUUACAUAGCUGCAUCGUUCUUGUACAAGCAUAUAUCGAAGUCAAGGCUUAAAAGCUUCAAAGAAAGUCCUGCUUUGCCGAUAAAUUUUCUAGAUGGCUACGAAAACCGUUGUGCUUAUGCAAUGGCUUUUGGUGUUGCCACCUCGAUGAUUGUUAAUACUAUCUUGUUUUCUGAAGGCACGAACACUAUUCCAGGCUCUUUACAGAUCUUCAUAAAGCUCUUAAAGGCAGCAUUGAUUUCCUUAAUGCCGUUUCCACUCGUUGAUUGCAUUGGAAUAAAAAAACUGCACGGAGCUAUAUGCGGAUUGGCUUACAGCAUAUUGUGGCUCUUGGUCUUGAUUGGCGUGAAUACAGAGAUAACACGGAAAUGCGACAAAAAAACGAUCUCCUUCGCCCAUUUAUGGGUUGCCGGCUUUCUUCCCAUGGCCAUAUGCCUGCUUUUCUUAACUGGUCAUUUCUUAAGAAAGAUUUUCAAAUUUGUAAGAUGCAGAUCACGCUUUUACAAUGAAGGUUCUGACACCGACAGAUAUGAGAUCCAAUACGUUUCACGGUUGCUAAAGAAGAAACGUGUUGCUGUGAAAGAACUUUUACCGGCACCACACGCUCUUCAGAGAAUAGUUGAUUUUAUUCGAUACAGAAUAUAUCCACCGCAGCCAGAAUUCAAAUUCUCAACAAGGUUUGUCUGCACAAUGACUGUAUCAUUCAUCGCGGUAUACCAGGUGAUGGUGUAUUUAGCCGUUUACAUCAAAUCGUUUUUUCCAAGCAUCAAAAUUGUUCCAGUUGCUCCAAUUGCUGGUGCUAUUAUUGUGUCCGGAGUAAGAAGCUUGUUGGUGGGAAUAAAUGCGUUCAAAUGGCACAGAAAUCAUUUGAUGAGGCUUCGUUUGGGUGACAGAGAAUGGCUACCACCCUCUUUAAAGACAUUCGAUUCCUGUCCAACACGUGCUACGAUUGGAAGCUUGAAGUUUUCAGGAUUUCAGAUUGCGUAUUCUGCAAUUAAUAACAUGUUUGUUGCAGUCAUGCUUUAUAUUAUUUUCAUUGUUUGCCAAACAUAUGGAGGUUCUCUACUCCUCAGUUUUAUAAAGAGUUAUUGGCCAUAUUUUCUCAGUAUGUCUGGUGUCUGGCUUGCCCAAAGACUGCUUGUUAAAUAUGUCUUCAUUCAAAAGAAGGAUGGGCUUGUGGCAAUCAUCCGGAGGCGAGGUUUCAACCACCUGUCCUACUUUUUCUUCUUUUUCAAUUCACUUCUUGGUGGAGUAUCGUAUAUUCUUCGCCUCGUAAGCGGUCUCCUGCUGGGUUUGUUAUUUCUGGAGAGAACACAGAAAAGCUUGAUUCCACGUUCCUUUGAGCGCUUUGACCGAGGUUACGUUUCUUAUCUGUCAUAUCUACACGUGGAACAUACAUUUGGCAAUCCUGUGUUGGUGGUCUUUGUAAAACUUCUGAAUCUGUGUACACAGUGCAGCGAAUUUGGUAAAAUACAAGAUGCUAAUGUUGUCGAAAACGUGACUGGCAGAACAACAGCUUCGUUGGAAAGAUAUCACUUGGCAAGAAAUAGAUGGUUCCUUGCGUACACAUUGAUUAAAAACCCAGCCUUGAUUACAUUCAGAGGUAAAAACUUGCCUGUGGCUACAGCAUCAGAGAAAGAUGUAGUCUUGAAUAUUUAGGCGUCUUGCGAUGAUGUCUUGGUAUCCUGAGAGUGUUACGACUCUGCAGAGCGGCUCUGCUGACUUCGAAGGAAGGGUUUUGAGUACUUUUAUCUAUAUUUUCAAAGUAACAAUAUGCUGUUUUUCGUAGUAGCCUAGACAAAGGUAGGUUCAUAGCGUAUCUGUUUCAGAUCACCCAUAAGGGUGUAGAUGAAAGAAAUUUUGAUGCAAGCAUGUAGAA